AUGCCUCGAAGAUGGCUUGCUCCCCCAACGGCCAGCCGGUUUUGGCUCCCCAGGUGCACUCCGCUUCUUGCUGGUCUUUUUAGGGUUGCAAUCUUCAAAAGUGCAGCAAAAUGGGCCGAUUUUUCACCGUCAGUCUGGCUGCUUUUGCAGCUACUGGGUCGUUUCUCUUUGGUACGUUCAGCAUUGAUACUUGUUAAAGCGUUUCUGUGUGAAAUCCCAGGUUUCAGACGCCUUCGUCUCUUCUCAGUUGUAAAAAACAACACACUUUCAUAUCCACCGCCUCUGAAGUUCUGGCUAAGUCGCUUAUUCAAAGGAUAUGAUUCCGGUGUGAUGACCGAUGUUAUUGCGAGUCCUAAUUUCCUCGCCUUCUUCAACACCAACAAGACUUCCGCCAUUAUCGGGGCCAUUAACAGUACAUUCAAUGGAGGCGGUAUGUAUUCCCUUUCCUACUGCAAUUCUGCUCAUUCACUGACAAAGACUGCGAUAGCCGCCAUUGGGGCCCUUCAGGGAGGCCUGACGAUGGAUCGGUUCGGGCGUAAAUUUACCAUCCAGAUGGGUGCUCUUAUCUGUCUCGUCGGCGCUAUUCUUCAGGCUUCGGCGAUGAACCUGGCCAUGAUUCUGGUCGGCCGUAUCCUCGCAGGAUGGGCUGUCGGUCUCAUGUCCAUGUCCGUGCCCGUCUAUCAGGCCGAGUGCGCGCAUCCUCGCUCUCGCGGCUUGAUCGUUGGACUGGCGCAACAGAUGAUUGGGGUUGGUUUCAUCGUCAGCACAUGGGUCGGUUACGGAUCACUCCACGCACCAGACACGAGUUCGUUCCAAUGGCGAUUCCCCUUGGCUUUCCAGGCCGUUCCUGCUCUGCUUCUCGUUGUCGGCAUGCUUUUCAUGCCAGAGUCCCCUCGAUACUUGGUCGAGACCGAGAAGUACGACGAGGCGAUGAGGAUCCUAAAGAGAUUGCACUAUGAUGGGACCAAUGACGACUGGAUUCAGACCGAAUACACAGAGAUCAAGGCCACUAUCGAUGCCGAGAAGGCUGUUAUGGCUCCUGGCUGGCUCAUCAUGUUCCAAGUCCCUCAGUGGCGGACCAGAUUGAUGCAUGGUGUUGCCGUGCAGGUCUUCACUCAGUUCACCGGUGUCAACGUGAUCGGCUACUAUCAAACAAUUAUGUAUGAAUCACUCGGUAUCACAGGGAACAGAGCCACGCUAGUUGCCGGUAUUUACAACUGCGUUGGUCCUAUCGCGAACUUAAUCUUCAUCAUCUUCAUUCUGGACAGGGUAGGACGACGCAGGCCCAUGAUGUUUGGUGCCAUCGGAAUUUCCAUUGCCUUGAUCUGUGAAGCAGCAUUGAACUCGCAGAAUGAGGAUGGUAGCCGCCAUGGCUACAGUAUCGGUGGGGUUGUAUUCCUCUUCUGCGUGACCAUCAUCUUUUCCCUGUCCUUUGGCCCUUGCAGUUGGGUCUAUAUGUCUGAGGUCAUGCCCAUGCAGAUUCGUGGUAAAGGCAACGCCUUUGCGACAGGUAUCGGUAACUGGGCCGUGGCUACUCUCUGGGCCCAAGUCUCUCCUAUUGCUCUGGGCAAGCUUGGAUGGAAGUUCUACUUUGUCUUUGUAGCAUGGAACAUCUGCAUUACCCUGCCGGUCAUCUAUUUCUGCUUCAAGGAAACCAAGCAGAAGUCCCUGGAAGAGAUUGAUUUGCUCUUUGGUGGUCGCGCCCUGGGCACUCUGCCGGAGAAUAUGGCCGAGAAGGGCGAGGAAACCGGUAUCUCUGUGACAAACGUGGAGCACAGUGUUUGA